UUUUUUUCCACAUCUCUAUCGCUUAAUUCUUCCCUUUUAGUUGUGGAGAGCGACCGAAAGGCUAACCCUAGUCAUAGUCACCUUCCUCCCAUCUCUCUCGCGACAGCCUCCCACUCAGCAGUAUGGGUAGAGUCUUGACUCUUUCAACUGUCUCUUCUUUAAUUGGUUCCGGACGGCAUGUUCAGUCCCAAGAAAAUGGAAAACCAAGAAGGUGUGUAAAGAUGAUGUCCGGUCUACAAGCAUCUGGGUUAAGGAUGCAGAGUUUCUCGGGGUUGAGGAGUUCCAAUGCGUUAGACUUCAUGGCAAGGUCUGGACAGGAUUUCCAUUCUAAGGUCCGACUUCAUAUCUCCUCAUGUAAAGGAAAGGGUUGCCGAUUUGUACCAAAAGCAAUGUUUGAGCGCUUUACGGAGAAAGCAAUUAAGGUCAUAAUGCUGGCUCAAGAAGAAGCUCGGAGACUUGGCCACAACUUUGUCGGGACCGAGCAAAUACUAUUGGGUCUAAUUGGAGAAGGCACUGGCAUUGCUGCUAAGGUUCUCAAAUCCAUGGGAAUCAAUCUGAAAGAUGCUCGUGUAGAGGUUGAAAAGAUAAUCGGGAGGGGAAGUGGAUUUGUAGCUGUAGAGAUCCCAUUUACCCCUCGUGCUAAGCGUGUGCUGGAAUUGUCACUGGAGGAGGCUCGACAACUCGGGCAUAAUUAUAUUGGGUCGGAGCAUCUUCUGCUCGGUCUUCUUCGUGAGGGAGAAGGUGUAGCUGCACGUGUCCUGGAGAAUUUGGGCGCAGACCCCAGUAACAUCCGGACACAGGUUAUACGUAUGGUUGGAGAGAACAAUGAAGUCACCGCCAGCGUUGGUGGAGGAGCCAGCAACAACAAGAUGCCAACUCUAGAAGAGUAUGGAACUAACUUAACUAAAUUAGCAGAGGAGGGUAAAUUGGAUCCUGUUGUUGGAAGGCAGCCACAGAUCGAACGUGUGGUACAAAUCUUGGGUCGGAGAACCAAGAACAACCCUUGUCUUGUUGGAGAACCAGGUGUCGGGAAAACGGCUAUUGCCGAAGGACUCGCUCAACGAAUUGCCGGUGGCGAUAUUCCUGAAACAAUUGAGGGGAAGAAGGUCAUAACCCUAGAUAUGGGUCUUCUGGUGGCCGGAACCAAGUACCGUGGAGAAUUUGAGGAAAGAUUGAAAAAGCUUAUGGAGGAAAUCAGGCAGAGUGAUGACAUAAUUCUAUUUAUCGAUGAAGUGCACACAUUGAUCGGUGCGGGAGCUGCAGAAGGAGCCAUUGAUGCUGCUAACAUCUUAAAGCCAGCCCUUGCAAGGGGUGAAUUACAGUGUAUCGGUGCAACAACGUUGGAUGAAUACAGAAAGCACAUCGAGAAAGACCCUGCCUUGGAAAGACGGUUUCAGCCCGUGAAAGUACCUGAACCAACUGUAGAUGAAGCUGUACAGAUAUUGCACGGCCUCCGGGAGCGGUAUGAGAUUCACCACAAGCUCCGCUACACUGACGAUGCCUUAGUCGCUGCUGCCCAUUUGUCGCACCAAUACAUCAGUGAUCGGUUUCUUCCGGACAAAGCAAUUGAUUUGAUUGAUGAAGCUGGGUCUCGGGUUCGACUGCGGCAUGCUCAGGUCCCUGAGGAAGCUAGAGACCUUGAGAAAGAACUCAGGCAGAUCACGAAGGAGAAGAAUGAAGCCGUGAGAGGCCAGGACUUCGAAAAGGCUGGUUCUCUACGUGACCGGGAAAUCGAGCUGAGGGCUGAGAUAUCCGCUGUUCUAGCCAAAGGCAAGGAAAUGAGCAAAGCUGAGAGUGAGGCGGGUGAUGGAGGUCCAGUUGUCACGGAUUCUGAUAUUCAACACAUUGUUGCUUCAUGGACAGGAAUCCCUGUCGAGAAAGUCUCGUCCGAUGAGUCUGACCGUCUUCUCCAAAUGGAACAGACCCUUCACACACGGGUCAUCGGUCAAGACGAAGCUGUCAAAGCCAUUAGCCGUGCCAUCCGUCGUGCUCGAGUUGGGCUCAAGAAUCCGAAUCGACCCAUUGCCAGUUUCAUCUUCUCUGGUCCAACCGGUGUGGGAAAGUCAGAGCUCGCCAAGUCGCUGGCUGCUUAUUACUUUGGCUCGGAAGAAGCCAUGAUCCGUCUUGACAUGAGCGAGUUCAUGGAACGACACACUGUCUCGAAACUCAUUGGGUCACCACCUGGUUAUGUUGGGUACACCGAGGGAGGCCAGUUGACCGAGGCUGUCAGGCGGCGGCCUUACACCCUCGUCCUCUUCGACGAAAUUGAGAAGGCCCACCCCGAUGUCUUCAACAUGAUGCUUCAGAUCCUCGAGGACGGGAGACUAACCGACAGCAAAGGAAGAACGGUGGAUUUCAAGAACACUCUUCUGAUAAUGACAUCGAAUGUCGGAAGCAGUGUGAUCGAGAAGGGUGGUAGGAGGAUCGGGUUCGAUCUAGACUCGGACGAAAAGGACAGCAGCUACAACAGAAUCAAGAGCUUGGUGACAGAAGAGCUAAAACAGUACUUCAGACCGGAGUUCUUGAACAGAUUGGAUGAGAUGAUCGUUUUCAGACAGCUGACAAAGCUCGAAGUCAAGGAAAUUGGCGAUAUAAUGCUGAAAGAAGUGGUUCACAGGCUCAAGGACAAAGAGAUUGAGCUUCAGGUGACAGAGAGAUUCAGGGAGCGAGUCGUUGAGGAAGGUUACAACCCGAGCUACGGUGCUCGGCCGCUGAGACGAGCCAUUAUGAGGCUAUUGGAAGACAGUAUGGCUGAGAAGAUGCUUGCAAGAGAGAUUAAAGAAGGUGACUCCGUGAUCGUUGAUGUUGACUCGGAUGGGAACGUCAUUGUUCUGAACGGAAACAAUGGCGGAGGAGCCACCACUGUUCCUGAAGCCAUGGAGGAUCCCAUUCCAGGGUUGUAAGAAGAGGGUUUCUUCUUGUCUCUACUUAGGUUUCUGGAUAUUGAUUCAUCUGUCUUCUUUGGCAGGAAAGAUGAUCCUAUUGUUUCUUCACCGGUUUAAUUUUUCCGGUUAGGUGUUCAAUCUGGUUUGCAUGUUGGUCAUCGAAACGAAUCUGUUUCCCAAAUAAGGGGUGAAUAUUUUGAGUUUUCGGUUUAGUCUCGGUUCAAUUAUUUUCAA